AUGCUGUUUAAAGUUAAUUCAAAUACUGCAGAAAAUGCUUUUGCGAUUCGUGAGGUUGAGAGGCAAAACGUACCAUACACAGAUUCUUCUAAAAGAUUUUAUGAGGUUUCACGCGAUUUCUCUAAACAAUACGCUCACAUAUAUUCAGCUAGACUUAAUACCUAUAGAAAUAUUUUGGGUCCAAUAAUUAAGAAAAAGUGGUCUGAUCGUUAUAAGAUUUUGAAAUUGUGUGAACUUCGCGAGAAAGGUACGACUUGCGUUAUUAUUGGCACUCUCUUUAAACUUCAAAAACUGAAACCUAGUAUACUUAAAGAGUUAUCAGAUCAAUUGGAAAUAAUUCCUCAAGCUCCCAGAACACAUUUUGUACAUGACUCUGAUAGUUUGGUGUUGGAGGAUGAACUUCAAAGAAUCAAAUUAGUUGGUGAAUCCAUUGAUAUUCAUCAAGUUGUGACUGGUGUUGUCUGCGGAUUGUUAGGCUCGGAAGAUGAAGAUGGUAUAUUCACAAUUAAAGAUGUGUGCUGGGCUGGUAGCAGCAUACAGAAGGCAUUGCCAAAAUUAAGUGCUGACAGGUAUAUUGUACUGGUAUCAGGCCUAAAUGCAUCAAACACAGCAGACAAUAUGUUUUCAAUGCAUUUGUUUUUGGAAUGGUUGGCUGGAUUGUCAGGGACUUCAGAAUAUCAAGAGGAAGUCUCAAAAAUUGUUCGGGUUAUUGUUGCUGGUGGAGUUUUUGCAUAUCAUUCAACACAAACUGGAGUGAAUGAAGCUGAGUUUGUUUCAUCUGUAGAACUAAUGGACACUUUUGCAGCUACAGUUAGUGGUGUGACACCCUUGGAUCUGAUGCCAAGUAGUAAAGACCCUACAGGAAUAAUGUUGCCACAAAAGCCCUUUCAUUAUUGUUUGUUUCCUAAGGCAGUAGAGUACAAGUCAUUUAACAGGGUUUCAAAUCCAUAUGAGUGUGAUAUUGGAGGUUUUACAUGUUUAGGAACUUCAGAUACAGACCCUUUUAUUAUUUACAACUGUCCAGCGAUAUAUUUUUGUGGCAAUUCUGAAGAAUUUUCCACUGAAAUUUACAAAGGAGAUGCUGGUCAACAGACAAGGAUCGUGUGCGUGCCGAACUUUUGUGACACAAAAACCAUAGCUCUUAUUAAUUUAUCUAAUUUGGAAUGUUACAGUAUGAAAUUUUCAUAA